UCUUCCUCUCCCCUUGAACCCUAACUCAAGCGGCAACCCUAACUCACGGCGUCACCCCCACUUCUCACCUAACGGACGACAACCUCCACUUCUCACCUAACCGGCGGCAACCCUCUUCUCACCUAAGCGGCGGCUACAAACCCUAAUAUGAGAAUCAACCGUUCGACAAAUAGAGGUUUUAUGCGUAAGAAAUUUAUGUCAUGGUAUGGAAUGAUGGUCCAACAUAUGUUACCAUAUCAUAUUGAGACGGGUAAAGUUGAUGACCAAUAUUUUGAGGAACUGUGGUUGGAAACCAAGAGGGCUUGGAAAAUUAUGGACGAUCAUGCGAAAGACUUUAUGAGAAAGAAAGCCGUGAAACUUGGCACAAAUUUUAGAAGUAGGCUUGCAACCAAAUAUGUAUAUAAGGGUUUGAAUGCUUGUCACAAAUAUACAUUUCUGGAUCCGGAUAAGUGGGAAGCCAUCGUUUUGGAACAAACAAGCGCCAAAGCAAAAGAUUGGUCAAGCAAAGAGACGACAAGCAUGUCAACUAGUGCCACAAGAAUGGCCUCGAGUGCUGGAUCACCAAGUUGUACCGUCGCCUUGCUACAAAUCCCUGCUGAUGAUACCGCGAUGACGCCAUAUCAUCGUUCACAGGCUGAGGUAGUCAACCAAACUCAAGAUGUCAUGAUGCAACCUGAAGAAGUUCAAGGCUCUUUAGUGAACAUGGCGGUUUCUACGGAUUGGGAUGCAUGAUUUUGAAGUGAUCGGCUGAGUCGCAAGGGGUAUGAAGUCGUCCGUUUGACAUUUUUGGGUUGCAAACUUCUUUUAGCUUCAUUUGAAAAACAUGUCACUUUAUCAGAUUGUAUACAUUUUGUGUUUGAUUCGAGAAACGUUAUGUUUUGUGUUUAAUUCCGGAAACAUGCACUUGUGAUUUUAAUAUAAGUUAGAAUCUUUUGUUUGUUGUUUUUU